UUUAUUCAAAAAUUAAGAAAUGGUGACCACUACUUUUGUUCUGUCAAAAAUUCAAAAAUAUAACGAACGUGCCUGAUGUGAGCAAUAAUAUGAUAAGGGGAUUUCCCAGAGCAAAAUACGCAUCUAGUUUAGGUAGUGACCUAGAGAUUAAGGUGACGAAAAAGUGUCUCAGUGCUAGCAAGUUCCUAAAAUCCUGUGUAACCAUUACGAAAGUCCCUAAUUUUCCAUAGAUUCAAUGUGUCCUUUUCCAUCAUCUUAAUAAACAAGAUUAAAGUCUUCCGUUUCCUUUUCCAAAAAACACAGUUGAAUGAGCCGUUUAUCGAUUUUUAGUGAUAAUCAGUGAUCGUUAUACAUUUAUGAAAAUUUAAAAAAUUACAGCACAUGUGUACGUCACUCAGAUAAAACGCGAUAAGUUAGUGUAUCACUCCUUAUUAUUUAGAAAAGCCAAAAGCACAGUUGAUCAUAAUGUUUUUUGCAUUCAUUAAGUGAACAUGAAUUACCAACCUCCCGAUUUGUCUACAAUGAUUGGCGAUAUGUUAGAUGAGGAUAUUAGGUUAUUUCGGGACAGCUCCGACAGUUAUUUUAACAAUUACAUGGAGAACAUCGAGGCCGAUGAUCUGUUAAGGCAUUUCCAAUUACCGAAUCGAAAACCCAUGGAUGAGUGGCAAACUGACGAAGUUUUGGACUUCAUAUUAAACGAAGUUUCCACGGAAUCUGCUGGAUUUUCAAACGAUAAUCUUGAACGAUUCCAAUGCAUUUCCGGUUACAUCUUCAGAAAUUUGUCUGAAGACAACUGUAAAAUUUUGUCCAAAUCAAAUAGUUUAGGUCAGUUGAUUUACACUGCUAAAGAAACUUACAUUAGAUGCCACCCCCCGGAAUAUAAUCACGAGAAUAAUAAUAAUUGUUUCUCCGAAACGAAUAAUGAAAACGUGCCCGUUUUCACUGCAAGUAACCAAAUUUAUUCAUCGCCAAGUAAUAAAAAACCAGGAAGACCCCGAUGCAAACCCACAUCCGAUAGAAUUGGCAAACGCUCGGAGAAACUUUGGGAAUUUUUAUUGCACCUCCUGCGUGAUAGCAACACUUGCCCUCAACUGAUAAAGUGGGAGAAUUUCGAGGAGGGCACGUUUAAAUUCGUCCAGAGCGACAAAGUGGCCCGGUUGUGGGGCAACAGGAAGAAAAAUAAUAACAUGACCUACGAAAAAUUUAGCCGAGCUAUGCGGUAUUAUUACAAGAGCCAGGUGUUGUUGCCAGUGCCGGGCAAGCGUCUGGUUUACAAAUUCGGUCCUCAGGCGAAAGGGUGGCAAACCAUCCGUCCGAUUAAUUAAGUGAAUUUAGUUAAGUUUUACGAUAGGUUUUUUAAGUUUUAUGAAUAAAAAGUUGAUUGUUAA